ACAUUGGAUAUAGUUGCUGAAAAUCCGGAUAAGUUUAAGGUUGUUGCUCUUGCCGCUGGUUCAAACGUGACUCUUCUUGCCGAUCAGGUGAAGAUGUUUAGACCUAAAUUAGUUUCUGUCCGUGAUGAGUCACUAAUCGAUGAGCUCAAGGAGGCUCUAGCUGAUGUUGAAGAAAAGCCCGAGAUCAUACCGGGAGAGGAGGGAAUCAUUGAGGUAGCUCGUCAUCCAGAUGCUGUUACUGUGGUGACGGGGAUUGUUGGAUGUGCAGGUUUGAAGCCUACUGUGGCCGCCAUAACAGCAGGAAAAGACAUAGCUUUGGCCAAUAAAGAGACAUUAAUUGCUGGAGGGCCUUUUGUUCUUCCUCUUGCACACAAGCACAAAGUUAAGAUUCUUCCGGCAGAUUCCGAACAUUCAGCUAUAUUUCAGUGUAUACAAGGCUUGCCCGAAGGUGCUUUGAGGCGCAUAAUUUUGACGGCAUCAGGGGGAGCAUUCCGGGAUUUGCCGGUUGAUAAGUUGAAAGAUGUGAAAGUAGCAGAUGCUUUAAAGCAUCCCAAUUGGAAUAUGGGGAAAAAGAUUACGGUCGACUCUGCCACACUCUUUAACAAG